AUGGCGGAACGCCGAAAGCGUGGAACUGCCAAAAACGCAGACAAGUUCUGCCAAAAAGAAAUAACCUGGAAAACAUUCGAUCAGGCGAUAAUAUUGGCAUGUGAGUCGACUUACUAUUUAAAAUUCCAUCAUUAUAAAAAUGUGUUUUGUUACAUGUGCAAUCCACCUACGCAUGUGUCUUCUGGGGUCAUUGACCAAUGCAAUACGACCGGCAUGUGGUCUCCUUAUGACGCGGGUUUGGAACGCGCGUCCGAAACCCCGAAAAUAUCGCCAGACAUAAUUCGUCCUAGAUCUGAUAUAUCGCCGAGCGGUAAAUCUCCUCCUACUUCUCCGUUCCAGCCGACAUUCCGCUCCAUAUUUUCAGUUGCCGAAUACGAGGAAAAUCUGUCAGAAAUGGACGGUGAGAGAUGUCGCAAAAAUCAAGUUUACGACUACCGGAAGAACGAAUGUCGAAACACAACCUGUUUCCCUGGCAAAGUUCUAAACGAUACCAGUUGUAUCCCGUUAUUAUCUAUAACAAACAAUCUAAGAUACACGAUCUCCAUAGAGUUCACUGGUCAUCUCCAAGGAAACCAAACAAAUGCGCUAGAUUUUCUCGCAACCAUGGAAAACGGGAUAAAACUUCACAUUUCUAAAAUAUUUGGCACAACAGAAUUUGUGUUAGAUAAUUUCCAUCUUUUGUCUAAUUUUCCGUGUGAAUCGACAUCAGCUGAUAUCAACAUAGAAACCAUCAAACUGUUUCUUUACAUGACAGUCCAUAUAGAGGGAUAUGUUCCACGUUUUCGGACGGAAAAUUUAUUGUUAGAAAAUAUUUCUGAUAUGUGGAAUAUAUCUGUAGAUAAUGAAAGAGUCAUCAGUCUUACUUCCAAAACGAGCUUGAGAGCUGUGAUGACACCAUCCAUAAUAGAGAAAGCAUCCUUCAAAGAAACGUGUUACAUUCAAAGGUUUUCCAAUCACCGCUUUGUCCCUCUGCAGACGUUUAGGUCAGUCUACGUUACCAAAGUUCUUUUAUGUCAACAAAUCGAACUCGAAAGUGACGAAUAUGACGUCAACACGGUCAAUAUGGAAAUAACAAUUCACAGCCUCGGAAAGACUCUCCCGUUUGACAAAUUCCAAAGAUCUUCUCACGGUAGAGUUCGCGUCUGUGUGGAAGACGUUGACGCCAUCUCAGAUCCAGUGGUGGAAUAUGUAGACCCGACACUUCCGAUACUAACUCUUGUCUGUAAUAUGGCUUCGUUGAUUUGUCUGUUUCUUACGUUUGUUGUCUAUCUGGUCAAUCCGACCCUUCAGUCAAUACCAGGCAUUAAUAACAUGUGUCUGGUGUUUUCUUUGUUCUUCACCCAACUUUCCUUCCAGUUUGGGUUCAUGGCUCCGGUAGAUUCCAAAUUUUGUGUGGUCAUUGGUAUAGUUUUACAUGUCUUAUGGUUGUCCGUGUUUGCUUGUAUGAAUAUUUGUUCGUUUCAUAUGUUCAGGGUUUUUAGCGGAAUAGGUAGGUAUCACGCUUUACAUAACAAAAUCAAAACGAUGAAAAAAUAUAUAAUGUAUUCAUUUGGACUUCCGGUUAUCAUUGUAUUUGUGAAUACUGUUUUCACUCUUGGCUUCAACAAAGGGCAGAGAACUGGUUACGGAGUUGACAAAUGUUUCAUAUCAAGUAAAGUAUCAUUCAUAGUUACAUUUUUGCUUCCAAUAAUCACAGUUUGUUUAUCAAAUAUAGUUUUCUUUUCAAUUACAGCAUAUAAAAUACGUAAUACGCCGCGUGUCGAUAGUAACCAGGACAAUCACCGCCAUUUUGGAAUAUACGUCAAAUUGUUCAUCAUAACUGGUGUCACGUGGUUAACAACGGUGAUUGAAGCAUUUUUUCCUCUGUCUGUAGUUUCCUAUGUAACGACGAUUUUGAAUGGUUGUCAGGGAGUGUUCAUUUUCAUUGCGUUUAUUGUCAAUAAAAGAGUGUAUGUCUUGCUUAGAGAAGGCUAUGAAAACGCCAGUCGUAAAUUCAGUAGAACCACCUCCCAACCGGCAACGCAGACCAGCAGUGUCGCUCUUAGUGCGUCGUCUGCUUCGUCUGCAGAUAAAGAUUAGAUUGAAACAAAAAAAAAUGUGUUAUUUUCGCUACUUGCAUUUCUGGAUUGUUCAUAAUGUUGAGUUAAAGUUAUUUUUUUUUGUAUUUUACUUAUCUACUCGUAUUGUUAGAAGUAUAACUUUUUUUCAAAAUAAAAAUGUACUACUUGUUCAUAUAUUCGGGAUACUAGAAUUAAAAUCUAGAAAUAAAACAAGCAUACUGGAUAUUGCUAAUGUGCCUGUGUAUAUAUUCUGUACCUAUGCCACUAUUAACAUCUAUAAUGGGACAAGCAUGAUAAUGGCUAUUAAUUUCCACUGAUGGCAUCUUUCAUACUUUUAUUUAUUACAUGAAGUAAUUAAAAAACAACCUGAGGUAGUUCACGGUAAAUACAUUGUAGUACGAUAGGAGCUAUGAAAUAAAAACAGAGAAACCAGAAUGGUACUCACCGAAAAAUACCAUAUUAAUGUUUGAUGAAAACUGAACCAAUGGCUGGAUUUGUGUAUGUUGUCUUAUUAACGACUCACCUGAGGGUCGUGGUAAAUGACAACGAUCUCCGUCGCGGCAGACAAACACUAUUAAUCACAGGUGAUUGCUUAUGCAUAUUUGAUUUAUUUGUGAGGGAUUCCCGGAAUUCAUUUUCGAUGAACAUGUGCGUCAUUAGACAAAAGUAAAAAAUCAAUAAGGGAGAAUUCUACGCCUUAGGCAUUCCGAACGGUUAUGUGGUGGCGUAUUACGUAUAUAGUUAUUGUAUAUAUGCUCACACACAGAGACUUGAGAAUUAGUUACAGUCUGCAUGUAUUUGGACCUACCCUAGUGUGUAUAGCACAUUUUCAGACGUUUUGGGGGGCUAGGAUUAAAAUUCAGUAAAAAUGACACUCCUGUGUUCAUAUAUACGUAUAUAUGUUCGUAUAUAUAUAUAUAUGAACACCGAAUUUUAAUCCAGCUCCCCAAAACGUCUCAAAAUGUGCUAUACACACUAGGAGAGGUUCAAAUACAUGUAGACUGUAACUAAUUCUUAAGUCCCUGUGUACUCACAUACAUCAUACUGCCUUAAGAUUCCUAUUAACGAUAUCAUUUAUACUACAUAAUGUGUAAUCUUUCUAGCUUCAUAUUGUUAGUACACUACAUAAAGUUCUGUAAAUGAUACAGUUACUGUAAACGUGAUUGUUUUCGCGGGGGUUAAUUUCGCGAUUCCGAUAUGUAAACUAUACGCUUGGGGGUAGUUUUCGCGAUCGAUCCACCCAUUUGUUAUUCGAGAUUACGUUAACUGAUACCCAAAUAAUACGCGUGGUGGGAAUUUUCGCGAUCAAAAGGACUCCACGUAAUUAGCGUUAAUUUCCCCCUCGCGUAAAUUUCCACGUUUAUAGUAUUGCAUACAUUUUAUGCUUUAUUUAUAAUGUACAUUUAUUUGUAUUGUAAUCUUUCUUGCUUUAUUCUGCUAGAACAUUACACUAAGGUUCCUAUAAACGAUAUUCUUUAUACUAUAAUCAUAAUUUAUUGUGAUCUUACAUUUAGGUUCCUAAAAUGAUUAGUGCUAUAAUUACUAUAUCUAUGUUGUAUACUUAUGAUCACAUACCUAUCUUUCUAGCUUCAUAGUGUUAGCAUACUACAAUAAAAUUCAUGUAAACAAUAGUAUUUUAUUGGUUAAAUUAUUACAUAUAUUCAUACCGUAUCAAUGUAAGCGGUUGAAUUAUUACAUAUGUUCAUACUGUAUCAAUUUCAGCGGUUAAAUCUAUUACAUAUGUUCAUACUGUAUCAAUUUCAGCGGUUAAAUCUAUUACAUAUGUUCAUACUGUAUCAAUUUUAGCGGUUGAAUUAUUACAUAUGUUCAUACCGUAUCAAUAUCAGCGGUUAAAUCUAUUACAUAUGUUCAUACUGUAUCAAUUUCAGCGGUUAAAUUAUUACACAUUUUCAUACCGUAUCAAUUUUAGCGGUUGAAUUAUUACAUAUGUUCAUACUGGAUCCAUUUAAGCGGUUACAUUAUUACACAUUUUCAUACCGUAUCAAUUUUAGCGGUUGAAUUAUUACAUAUGUUCAUACUGGAUCCAUUUAAGCGGUUACAUUAUUAUCAUACCGGUAUAUGCUGCAUACUUACGAUGACAGGCAUCAUUCUAGCUUCAUACUGUUAGCCACCUACAGUAAGUUUCAUGUCAACAAUCUAAUGUUAGUGAUUUUAUUAUUUUUGCGACAAUGAUCUAAUUGUGUUUUAUCCUAAUUUGAUUAAUUGUACCUCUGUAUGUAUAUCACAGUGGUAUGUAAUAAUUAUUGCGCCCUGUAACAGGGUUUUACCACAAUCCAACACUACUACAAUAUAUAUAGUCCAUAAACA